AUGUCUUUACAACACGAAAGGGUUACCAUUGCACCACUAGUCUUACUAUCUGCUUUAGACCAUUAUGAGCGUACACAGACAAAAGAGAACAAAAGAUGUGUUGGUGUUAUCUUAGGUGACGCGAACAGUUCCACCAUCAGAGUCACCAAUUCUUUCGCCUUACCAUUCGAAGAGGAUGAAAAGAACCCUGAUGUAUGGUUCUUGGACCAUAAUUAUAUUGAAAACAUGAAUGACAUGUGCAAAAAAAUUAAUGCCAAAGAGAAAUUGAUUGGUUGGUAUCAUAGUGGUCCCAAAUUACGGGCUUCGGAUCUUAAAAUCAACGAAUUGUUCAAAAAAUAUACCCAAAGUAACCCAUUAUUAUUAAUUGUUGAUGUUAAACAACAAGGUGUUGGCCUUCCAACAGAUGCAUACGUUGCCAUUGAACAAGUUAAAGAUGAUGGUACUUCCACAGAAAAGACAUUUUUACAUUUACCCUGUACCAUUGAAGCUGAAGAAGCUGAAGAAAUCGGUGUGGAACACUUAUUGAGAGAUGUGCGUGAUCAAGCAGCGGGUGGAUUGUCCAUCAGGUUGACUAACCAGUUAAAAUCCUUAAAAGGGUUACAAAGCAAAUUAAAAGAUAUUGUCAAAUAUCUGGACAAGGUCAUUAAUAAGGAACUACCAAUAAAUCAUACUAUUUUGGGGAAAUUACAAGAUGUCUUUAACCUUUUACCAAACCUUGGAACACCCGAUGAAGACGAAAUGAAUAUGCAAGAUCAUGAUACAAUUAAGAUUUCAAACAAUCUACAAAAGGCUUUAACAGUAAAGACUAACGACGAAUUAAUGAUCAUAUAUAUAAGCAAUUUGGUUAGAUCAAUUAUCGCAUUUGAUGAUCUAAUUGAAAACAAAAUACAGAAUAAAAGAAUUCAAGAACAAAGAAUAAAAGAUAAACAAUCAAAAGAGUCUGACGAUGUUGAGAAUGGUGACAAAGAGACGACUACGCCUUCAACCCAAGAAGAGAAAUAA